AUGUCUCAAUUCCAGGACGGUGCCGCCGGCGUCCAGCCGACGGAGACACUCCACAUACAGCACGACGGUCCUCUCGCCUCCGACAAGGAUCUCUUCAUUGACGAUGACGGCUCGGGCGUAGAGAUCGACGAGAGCUCUGGAUCCGGUUACGGCCCUGGCCCUGGCCCCGACGACGAAGAUAGCCGCGGCUCAGGUGACGUCCCAGACGCGCCUGAGGAUGACGAAGACUACACGCGAACCACGGAGGCUCCGAUACCCACUAUAUUCCAUACGAAUCCGUCCAGUCCGGACGAAUCAGAGCCUCUGACCCCACCUGUAGUGCAGCCCAUCGAUGUUAUUAGUCCGAGGAUAUUGUCAAGUAACCCGAGCGAACAAGAACCGCGCGGCGCGGGGGAGGAUCAGCCCUCGCGCCCGGAUAUCUCUGGAGACAUCAACUUGUCUGGAGAAACCGAUAUAAUAAGCCAAGCGGGAUCAAACCUAGAGCCAGAGACGCGGCCAGCGGACAGCGGUGUGGUGAUCAUGGACACGCCCCACGAGGACCGCGCAACCAGCUUCUUCGCACAACCGGGCAUACUAGCUGCCGUAAUCGGUGGAGCCGUAGUAGGACUUCUAUGCGCGAUUCUGGUAGUAAUGUUCAUAGUAUAUAGAAUGAGGAAGAAGGAUGAAGGUUCAUAUGCUUUGGACGAGCCUAAGAGAAGCCCGGCAGCAGCAUCGUAUGGGAAAGGUCACAACAAUCGAGAAUUUUAUGCGUGA